GGCUGAACCUUUGUUCUUAGAUAUUUGAUACAGACGACAGAGGACAGACGUGUCAAUUCUUUCUCUAUGGCAUAGAAAUCGCGCCCAACAAACAACAAUUGAAAUAAUUCUUUUACCAUCUAUCAAACCGAUUUCAACCCUCCGUCUUCCGCAUUUCCUAUGUUAUGUAAAUCAACAACACACAAAUCCAUACACUUUCUCCAUUACUUUUCGUUUUCGUUUUCCAUCUGCCACAACUUCAUCUUCCUCGCUUUCUUUUUCUUUUGCUUUUAUAACAACAAAGAUUUCGUAGGGUUUUGUAUUUUCCAAUGUAUUGAAACAGGAAACACUGCUUCAGAGGUAAUAUUGAUUAUAUCGCACGGCAAUGUUUUCCGUAAAUUGAACGAGUCUUCUAUCUCAAUUUAG